GAGAAUCUACAGAGACAUGUCAGGUUUUUCUCAAAAUAGUGUGUGAAACUCGUGGGAAGCACUAAACUCAUAAGGAUCAUUCAGUGCAACAAAAGAAGUCAGAUUCCUACACUUUUCAUUUUCUGUUUCAUCGAUGUGAACACUAUAAAUUUAUUGGACGAUAUAUAUAAAUAUGACUGAAAUUGAACACUCGUUUAAAAUUGGCUGAAACAUUUAAUCUAAAAAUAUUAAUUAUCGUGAAAGAGCACUAGUUACCAAAUUAUCUCGUUUCGGUCCCAAGACCGAAACGUUUGCUCACGUGUCUUUCUAAAGCAAUUUCUCGUUUGGAAAUCUCAAGAAAAAGUGCCAUACAAGUAGUGUCUUAAAGCAACUGACGGGUUCUUAAAACACAGAGUAAACUAAUGAUCAAGAAAAUGUCUCAAUUAUCUGAAAUUACAAUUACUUACAGAACUUUCAGGUAGCAUGGUAACGCUGCAGUUCCGAAUGAUGGAUCUGGCAAUACUUCUGAGUUGUGUUCUGCCUAUCAGCUGUCAAGUCUUAAAUGACCAGACGGAGGUGGGCGUGGCAGGAGACGAGACGGAAGUGGGUGUGGUGGGCGCCGAGGCGGAAGUGGGCGUGAUGGUGAGCCAGAUGGUGAGGCACCACCUGGCUGACUGCCACCUUGUUGUCCUUACAACUACACAGCACUCACACGUAUUUUAUAAUAUAAUAAGACACCUGAGUGAGGGCAUGGUGGCUGGAGUGGUGGUGGAGGCAGAGUGGGUGUUCUCCCUGGACCACCACCUCCAGGGGCUGUGGGGAGACUCCAGAACCACCUGCCGGGGACUCAUCUUUGAUAUCACAGCCAAAAGCAACGCCACCUCUGCCCUUCAGCUUUUAGAAUCAUCAGAGCUGUGGAAAUCGCCAGAGACUUUGGUUGUGGUGGUUGGAUGGAAGUCUGGUGUGAAGGCUGUGCUGCUCCACCACACUUUCCGUAACAGUAUCAACGCCCUCUAUCUAGCUCUCCACAGCACCACCGUAACAAGAAACCGUAACUCACUCAGGAAGAUAGUUCUAGGCCAGCAGUCAGCCGUGGAAAGCAGUGUGUGGGUUUACCGUCGUUGUCUCUACUGUAACAAUGGGAAGGCGGACGUGAAGCUUAUUAGAAAAGGGAAUUUCACUUCAGUUCAGGAGGCUGACAGCCUUUUUCCUGAUCAGUUUAAGAAUUUCAUGGGUCACCAGUUUCGGAUAGUGUCGGUGCAGUACUUUCCUUAUAUAAACUACGAGAGGAACACAAAUUUACCAGGAACCACUGUCACACUCUCUGACUCGCUUGACGCCCGUCUCUUGGACACUUUCUCAGCCUCCAUGAACUUCACUUAUGAGAUACGAGAGGAGAAAGAUCGCUCGUGGGGUCGUGAGGAACAAGGCAAGUUCAACGGGAUCAUGGGAAAGCUGCAACGUGAGGAAGCUGAUUUCAGCACGAUGGCUUCGAUGACGGCAGAGCGCUUGAGAGUUAUGAAGCAUGCAAGUGCUUAUGACUCUGAUAUUCUUACUUUAGUAUCCCUCAAACCUACGCUGCUGCCUGAACACCUUUCACUGAUAAGACCAUUUGCCGGAGAGCUGUGGUGCGCCGUGGUGGUUAUCGUGGCAAUAUGGACCGUGAUUUUGUGGCUGCUGCAGAGGACCUGGGGAUGGGUGGUAGGAAAGCAAGUUUUCCAGUUGAACGACGCGUUCAUGUAUGGCUGGGGCCUCCUGAUGGAGCAGCCGCCUUCCAGAGUCUCCUUCGGCGAUUCUGGAAGACUGCUGGUGGGAGGAUGGCUAGUGUUCUGCUUGGUGAUCACGACGGGGUACCGUUCAUCCCUGGUUGCCCAUCUCACUGUCCAAGGAAGGUCUUUACCCAUAGACACCUUUGAAGAUAUGGUUGCUUUACACGGCUGGAAAUGGGGCAUUGAAUCUUGGAUAUUGAAAGGAGUGCCCUAUGACUACCUGUCGAAACAUACACACCCAGUAGUGAAGAAAGUCUAUAAGGAAAUGGAGGUUCUGGAGGUGACAGAAGGACUGAAGAAGGUUCUGGCUGGCAAGUAUACCUACAUCAGCAUGAAGAAUCACCUCACUGUCAUCGUUACCUCCCGCUACGCUGAUGCCAGGGGACAAACACCUUUCUACAUCAGCCAGAGAGGAGUCUACUCUCUACCAGACUAUGGAUGGGGAUUCAGGAAGGGUGCACCGUUCUUCACGAAGUUUAGUCACUUAAUGGCCUGUCUGAAAGACUCCGGAAUCAUGACCUUUUGGACUAAUGAUGUGAUAGCCAAAAGUGUCAAAAAGACGAGGGAUAUGGAACAUCUCAAUGUUUUGGCAAGCCAACAGGAGGACGACAGCCAAGAAGUAGUCCUGGAUCUCUACCAUGUACAAGGCGCCUUUUACCUGAUGUUUCUUGGUUAUAGCAUCGCCUUUCUCACUCUGCUCGGAGAGAACUUGUCUCACUGCCUUCUCCACUAA